AUGUUACUUGCCUAUAAACAUGGUCCCAAGAUACACACAAGGAGCAUUACCAGUGGGAAGGUGCAGCAUGUUCUGGGAAACAAUAUUGACAGGCUUGCAGCACUUGACUUCUCGCCUGACGGAAGGCUGUUGGCCUCUGCGUCUGAGGAUCGCACAGUCCGACUCUGGGACUGUGCCCAGGGCGAGAGUCAAAACACCCUCACUGCACAUCCUGCCUGCAAAGAGAUUACUAGAUCCGUGACAGUUUCUCCUGACGGUCAAGUGGUAGCCACAGCAUCUGAGCUACCAAUCUCCAAAGACGGUGUCAUUACUAGGGUCUGGGACAUAAAAACAGGCAGUUUCCAGAUCAUCUCCCGAGAGAUGCUACACGGCAGUCCGUUUAACUUUUCUCCAGAUGGAAGGCUCCUCGCCCUGAGUACAUUCAGCAAAGGAAUUCGGCUGUGGAAUGUCAACAAGCGCACACAUGGAAUCAGACUCUCCUUGAAGUCUGAAGGCUCGCGUUCUAUCGUCUUCUCUCCAGAUAGUAGCACUCUCGCCGUUUGCAUCGACGAGGCGCACAUUUUGAUAUGGGAUUUGAAGGCCAACAAGCGGCGAAAGAUAAUAAUCAGCACCAACUAUGUCCGCAGGCCUGUGGUGAAAAGGGUACCGCUUUUUUUCUCGCCUUGUGGGAAGCACAUUGCCUGUGGGAUUGGUCAAGAGAUUCGACUCUAUGAUUUGGCGUCAGGUACGGAAGACAUAGUCUUGAAAGGACAUUCUGAUGAGGUCUCUGCGCUUGCAUUCUCGCCCGAUGGAAAAAUCUUAGCAUCUGCAGGCUGGGAUGGAGUCUUCAACCUCUGGGAUAUGAGUACCCAGAAGCCUCGCAGGCUGACAGGGCCUUCAAACCAGCCGGAUACGUUGUGUUUCUCGCCCAAUGGGACAUUUGUUGCCUGUGCUUCGCUGGUUAGAUAUUCGUUCUGGGAUGUCGCAUCAGGAGCUUUGCUUGGAAACGGGGAUUUCGAUAUGUGGUCUAAGCACUUUGCGUUUUCUUCGUGCGGUACCCAUUUCUUAACGGACAGAGGUGCGAUUGGGCUUUCUCGGUCUGCCAAGCUUCCUGUCUCUAUCUUUGCGUCACAGGGGUGGUUCUGGAAGGGUGGCGUUCCCUUCUUAUACAUACAUCCAGACUGGCGCAACUCUCUGCAAUUUGUCUGUGGGGAUAUUGCGGUAUUCCUGUCCAUGUCUGGCGAGCCACUGGUAUUACGACUUGGUGGCCACAUGGGAUGGGAAGCUCUGAAAUGA